AUGCUGAAGAAGCCACAGAAGCUAAAGAACCCACAGAAGUCACAGAAGCUAAAGAAGCCACAGAAGCCACAGAAGCUGAAGAAGCCACAGAAGCCACAGAAGCUAAAGAAGCCACAGAAGCUAAAGAAGCUACAGAAGCUACAGAAGCUACAGAAGCUACAGAAUCUACAGAAGCUACAGAAGCUACAGAAGCCACAGAAGCUAAAGAAGCUACAGAAGCUACAGAAGCUACAGUACAGAAGCUACAGAAGCCACAGAAGCUGA